AUGCCUUCUUCAAGUUCCACCAGCUCCUUAGAGGGUGCUCCUCUGGCCGAUUACUUUUGGAUCGCCGGUCUAGAUGGAUCCGAGGUUCUGGAUACUUAUAGGCGACUCGGUGAUGAGUAUCGGAUAAACGGUGCUGCUUCUCCUGGGCCCGCUCUCACCGAUGCUAUCCAGGAAGAUGCAGAUGCUGAACAGGAGGAACCCGCGGAUGGUGCUUCCCGGCCCACCUCGACGCUAUUCACGGGUGCUAGUGCCACUCGGCGCGCUUCCCAACAACGAUUGUCAACGCUGUCGAGAGAUUCGGGCCAGACCAAUGGUGCCAGUAGUAAUCGAAGCAGUGUUACCGUUAAGGGCGCGUCGUCACCGCUGCGCGCCUCCGCGUUAUUCUCCGACGAUUUCGAUUUUGACCAAGCUCUGGUUAAGUUCGCGUCGGAGAGAGAUACUUUCUUGACAGAUUUGAAUGUGAGCGCCGGCGCUAUCACUCAGAAUUCUCGUCCGCGAUCGCGCGUUCGAACUCAGAAGAUUGUUUCUGAGGAUCCAGCUUCCCAAGGAUCGCCGGGUCUUCUCAGGUCCGGUAUCGGGAGUGUUCGUCGACACAUGGCAUUCCGGGAUAUGAAUAGUAUGAAGAGACAGCCGUCAAUUGCUCGCCAUGCUUCGGUACGAACGUCACGACGACUCAGCAACUAUAACUCUGUUAUUCCAGUACCACAACCGCUCGAAUUUUCACCGUCGAUGCAUCCGUUAAAACGACGAUUCGAACCCGUCCUGUUAGAUCGAUACCCGACCCGCGAUAUGUCCGAUGAGCUGAAGCAGCGUGGAAACUUCCCAGACUAUGUUCCUAUGUUUGCGUUCCCGAAUGAUAUCAAUAUCGUAUCCUCCGAUGAGCGACCUCGAUCUACUUGGCACGGAUUUGCUAUGACAACCGAAAAUGGAUCCAAACUUCAUGCAAUUUGUGUCAUAAUUUGGAUUCCUCUGAAUUCCCAAGCCGCAGAUGAACUAGAGAAACGUUGCGAAGAAUGGCGCAAGGACAACAUGACGGACGAGGAGCGUGAGCUAGCCGCGAGCCUGGGUGAAAGAUUGGCCUCCGAGCGUGCCAAGCUAUCACAACUUCUUGCACAGCUGCCAAACGUGCCCUCGGGCUCUGAAUCUCGUGAACAGCUCGAAGACGAAAUCAGCGCAGUUGAAGAGAAAAUUGGUCUCAUGACUGACCUACUGCGCCCCGUUCGACAUGGCGCGGCUUCGAAGAUCGAGGGCCUUACAGAUGGUGAUACUGGAUUUUGGAUCCCUCGAGCCUACGGUGUCAUGGGCCGGGAGAGCACAAUGACAAGCUUCUGGAAAGAGUGGCUGAAGGGUAUCGUUGUGCCAAUGACUGAAAACGCUGUUCAACGUGUGCCACCUAGUUCCCCGCGGAUGGGUGUCUGGCAGCCACUGGAACGUUAUGUGAUGAAUCUUUGUACAGAGGCAUUCUGCCCUAUCUCAUCAAAGACUCAAGUCGAACUUUCGAUCAGAGAGUUACGACUGUUCGCCCGGAAAGAAGCAUCCAAUGAGCUUCCUGGGUCUCGCAACACCGACCUUUACGCAUUGUUCCGAACACUUUCCGUUGCAAAUAUUAUCAUCUUGUUCGAGUACGCUCUCACGGAAUCUCGUAUAAUUUUCUUGUCUUCGCACACUUCUAUGCUUUAUCUUGCAACGAGGGCUUUGGUGGAUCUUCUUUUCCCCUUACAAUGGGCUGGUGUAUUGAUUCCAGUCCUCCCUGCUCGCCUGGUUCAGGCCAUUGAAGCGCCUUGUCCCUAUAUUGUUGGAAUUGAACGUCGGUAUGAGAAAGUUGAACUUCCGUCCGACGACUUCGUCUUGGUUGACCUCGACAACGACAUGAUUGAGAGUACUUUGCGCCCCACUCCACUUCCUCGUCACCAGCGCAAAAAGCUGCUGUCGCUCUUGCAAUUAGCUGCCCCUCAUCAUAGCCGCUGCGGUGUUCCGACUGGGCCACCUGCGUAUGCCAUUGAGACGUAUCCUUGGGAUUCCUUCCUAACUGAGACACCGGCUACUUAUAACUCCAAAGCACCGGCAACGAACCUAGCCAAGUAUGUGGGCCUCAACUCCAGCGCGUUUGGCUCAGCUGCGGUGGUUCCGAACUCCUAUCAGCCUCCAAUCUUUAAUGCUUUCCUUCACGCACGCCAUGAACAAGCUUCAUCCAGAGGUUAUUCGUCAAAGAGUCACGAGCGCCCUGGAACGAGUACGGGAUCCAGAGCUGGGGCCUCUCCGCCAUCUCCAAGGGAGAGUUCGCCGACUUCAGGACAUUUCCCUCCGCCUCCUCCUACGCCUUCAUCGCGGAAUGAUUCGGGUAUGGCUUUGCAAGCUUCGUUGCGAGAAAAACGCUCUGGACAUUUCGAUGCUGCAUCUAGGAGAAGCUCGUCGUUUGGUAUGAACCGACGUCCAAGUGCACCAUUCCUGGGACAUACAUCAAACCUGUCAGUCACAACAUUGAACACGGACUAUGGUGCCGGCUCUACUUAUGCGCCAUCUGUAUAUGCUCAAUCCACUAUUGCUGCAUCCACAAUUGUCCCACAGGCAUCAAUUCAGCCAGUCGGCAAUUCAGAAGGCACCUGCUGGGUCGAGGGACAUCUUUUCCAGAUCCAGCCAAUGGACGACAAGGUUAUUUGUGCUAUCUGCGACGAGCGAGCCGAUGAGGGAAUGUACAAAUGUUCUGCUUGUAAGAUGACUAUUCACAACCGCUGUGCCUCUCAGGUCUGUCUCGUGUGUGAGGCUGCGUUCCACCCAGAUCAGAUUCGGGCUGCAUUUGUCAGAUGUUUUGCCAGUUUAUUCUAUACAUACAAGAAGCAUCUUGUGCCCGCGACUGGGGAGAAGAAGAAGGCUGGGUUGUAUUACACUUUUAGCAUGGAAUCCUUCAUGAAGAGCCUUCCACAUGAACAUGCUGAGUAUAUUGCAAUCAUGCAGCAGACUCAAGGCUUCAAUGAAUUUAUCGCUGAGCGUGAGAGAACAAGCCCCAAGGCCAAGGACUCUAAGAUGGCACUCUUCGAUGAAAUUGUUCUGUCUAAACGCAAUCGUGGGCGGACAUCAAUCUUUUCUGGUCGGUCUACAACCGAUUUCUUGUCCGACACAUCCAACCACCUAUGGCGGACUGCGAACGCGACAUUCUUUGCCCCCAACAGCCGUAGUCAGCAGAAUCUCUCUCAGGAUUACAGCCGCAUUAGCACCCGAGCCCCGUCUAAAUUGGAUACAAGUCUGAUGAAAGAACCCCGCAUGAUACACGGAGCUCCUCGGGUUUCAAAGGCAGCAAACACUGCCCGCCGAAAGCCUUUACCUAAGCUUAUGAAUGGCCUGGCGAUCUCUCCGCCAAGCUAA